AGUAUGUCUAGUCCUAAAGUUUCAAAAAUGAAGAGCAGUGCAACUACAUUCUUCAAACGAGUGUUCUCAGUGCUGGGAACAAUGGUGAAGGCCAAGUCAGCAGCAUUGAAAAGCAAAACUAAUGCACUGAAAACAAGGCUCAUCAUCUUUAGUUUGUUACAGGACAAGAGGGUGUUGAUGACUGCUAUUUCUCACAAGAUUCAUGCACUAAUGGGAGAGAAGGAGAAGGAAAAAGAGGAGAAAGAUGAUGAGGAAUGCGGAAGUGAUGGUGAGCACUCAUGCAUUGAUAAAUUAUUGAACUGUUUGUCUUGCCUUGAGAUGGAUGAGAACACUGGUGAGACAGAAUGUCUUGUUGAGCCGGAAGAAGAAGAAGAAGAGGUUGACAAUGGAGAAGGAUCAGCUGCAGACUUUGUAAGGAGUUUUCGGAAAAACGACUCGGAGUUCAACCUGGAGGAUGAGAUUGAUCAUGUUGCGGAUGUGUUCAUCAAGAGAUUUCAUAACCAGAUGAGAAUGCAAAAGCAGGAAUCAUUCAAGAGGUAUCAAGAGAUGCUGGAAAGGGGUCUCUAGGAGAUGAUCUGGACUGGCACAUGUAUAUCAAUGUAUGUGUGUGUGUGUGUUUGCAAGUUGUUGAAAAAAUUAUAAAUAUGAUUCUGGUAUUUGAUCAUCUAGGUUUAAUAGGAUCAUUGAAUUUGCUCUUUCCAUCUCUUUGUAAGGAAAUGAUUGAAGUUCUCUGAAGUAUUGAACAUGGGCAAGCAGAUAUCAAUGUCAUUCAUAGUGCAGCAGGCGAAAAGAAAGUGAAGC